UGGGGCAGUAAACAUUUUCUUUUUCGAGAAUCGCCGUGGAAAAUGAAGAAAAUCCUGUCCAAGUUCGAGCGCAAUGAGAACUCGCGACUGGAUAAUCCGCACAACAGCAGCAGCAGCUCGUCCUCCUCCAACGAGAAGAACAGCUUUGUGGGCAAGGUCUUCACAGUGGGACGCGUCACGGUCACCGUCGAGGAUGUCCUGGCCGAAGGUGGCUUCGCCAUGGUCUUCUUGGCCCGCGGCAAUGGCGGAGGCAGUGCCUCGGCCACCAAGUACGCGCUGAAGCGCAUGUACGUCAACAAUGAGCACGAUUUGAAUGUGGCGAAGCGCGAGAUACAGAUUGCGAGCAACCUGAGUGGGCACAAGAACAUCAUCGGCUAUGUGGACUCGAGCAUUACGCCCACCGGGAAUGGGGUGUGCGAGGUGCUGCUCCUGAUGCCCUACUGCAAGCAUCACAUGCUGGCCAUGAUGAAUGCUAGGUUACACGUUGGCUUCACGGAGCCCGAGGUGCUCACCAUCUUCUGUGAUAUUGCCGAGGCCGUCUCUCGUCUGCACUACUGCCAGACUCCGAUCCUGCAUCGUGACCUGAAGGUGGAGAAUAUCCUGCAGACGGACGCCGGGAACUUUGUGCUCUGUGACUUUGGCUCGGCCACGGCCAAAACGUUGAAUCCCCAACAGCAUGGCGUCACUGCCGUGGAGGAGGAGAUCCAGAAAUAUACGACGCUCUCGUAUCGAGCUCCCGAGAUGAUAGAUUUGUACGCUGGGAAGAGUAUUACGACCAAGGCGGAUAUAUGGGCUCUCGGUUGCAUGCUCUACAAGCUCUGCUUCUUUUCGCUCCCCUUUGGGGAGAGCACGCUGGCCAUUCAGAGCGGACAGUUCUCCAUUCCGGACAACUCCAAGUACUCGAAGGGUAUGCAUCAGUUGAUCAAGUAUAUGCUGGACACAGAUAUGGAGCGAAGGCCCAACAUCUGGCAGGUGUGCGAGGUGGCCUUUCGGCUCUCCGGCAAGGAUAAUCCCGUACAGAAUCUGCAUAAAACUCCCACACCGAACUUUGACCUGCUGCUAGUGCCUCCGUUUGAAUCUGAGGCCAAGAGGAUCAGUGCUGCCGCCUCCAAGGCAGCCAAAUCGCAGAAUGUCUCUGUUGUUGAAGCGGGUACCAGUGUUGCUCCCCGCUCCCGGCCCAAGGGCUCCUCCGCGGUGCAUGGAGGCAAUGCCUUGGGGCUCGGCUUGCCUCCCAGUCCAUCGCCGAGGCUAAAUAUCACCUCACCGCAGCCGGUGGCGGUGGCAGAGCAGUUUCAGGCCAAUUUCCCAGCCAUGCCGACAGCAGUGCCAGCGGCUGCACCUCCGCCACAGGUGGCCCCGGUGGUGCCGCCAGUUCCUGCCAGCAAUCUGUUUGAACCAAGCGGCUAUCCCGAUCCCUUCAAUGAGCCAGCCGGGGGAGCAGCAGCUUCAGCAGCUGCAACAGUUUCAGAAGAGUCCCAGAAGGAGGAGGUGGUGGUGGUGCCUCAGGAUUUGGGUGCUGGUGGUGACGGCGGCACGCCCACGAAGAGUAUGUUGACGGCACCAAAACCGAGCGGAGGCGGUGGACACAGACGCAAUGUGAGCGAUACAUCGGCCUUUAAUAAAACGUUUGCCAAUGAGACAAGUCAAUUUCUGGCCCCGUUUAACAAUAAUUUGGCUGCCAUGGGAGAUGGUCCCCAGACCCUGGCGAGUGCUGCCUCCAAUCCUGGCAUAUAUGCCGCUUCUUCGGCCAACACGGCGCCAGUAUCCAUUAGCGAACUGAUGAAGCCGGGUCAUACGGCGGUGGAAAAGCGAGUGGAGGCCUGGAAUCCGUUCGAGGAGGAGCAACCCUUCAGCCAGAUGACCGAAGAUCACAUCUUUGAGGCGGAAUUCGAUAAGAUCCGGCAAAGGGGAAGUCAAGGCAGCAUCACCACCAAGUCGGCGUCCACUACCUCUACGCUGACACCCACUGAGCAGAAUGCCUCCGGAGUAGUGGUGGUGCCCGUCACUGCCCCAGUGGCUCCUCCCGCUGCUCCUGCCCUUGCUGCUGCUACUGUGGCUGCUCCUCCGCCGAUUACAACCGCUGUGUCGCCGCAUCCGCCACUGGCCUCCGAGGAUCCCUUUGGAUCGGCACCAUUCAGUUUGCCACCCGGACUGCGCGAGAAGGCCAGCUCGCUGCGCAAAACCGGAGCGAAAUUCAUCGGCGUUUCCUCCGGCGGAGCUGGUACCCUGGUGACCGGAGGAGGAGUGGUUGCCGGAGCCAAUACCGCUUCCAACUCCAACUCAUCCAAGUGGCUGCUGUCGCCCACUUUGGAGGUGUCCAGCGAGGAGAAGACCUCGCUCAUAAGCAAACUCAAAACGGAUUCGGAGAAUGGCGGAGGAAUCGGCGGAGGAGUGGGAGCUGAGGGCUAUGUGAAGCUGCCACUGGAGGAUCGCAAUAAGUACGAGAAGCUGCGCAGCAAGGAUCAGCCGACCUCUGAUGACUCGGACUCCGACGAGGGCGCCGAGUUCUUUCAGCAGGACAGCGACGAGGGCUCCUCCAGUUUCAUCAAGCAAAUGCAGAUGGUGACGAGCACGCUGCCGGAAACCAUACACAAGAUCCAGCAGGUGGCCUAUCACAAGGUGGACAAGACCUCCUCCCAUCUACCGAUUGUGAAGAAGCUCCGGCAGACGACGACCAAGAAGCCCACAAGUGCUGCCCACCAGGCGGCCCAGCAGUUGAAUCUCAUGGCCGCCGCCGUGGCUGCCCAGGCGGAAGAAGCUGCGAAGGCAGCCGAAUCGGAUGGGGAUUCCAUAGGCUCAGCAAGUGACCUCCGUGCCGAGGACGAUGACCUGUUCGAUGAGAAUCCACGCAGUCAGACCCUGGCCAAGCUGCGUCGCCCCAUGCCCGCUGAAAUGGAUGGCAUCAGUGAGUCGGUGAAGACCUGCAGCAGUUCGGCCUACCAUGCCGAGUGCGAGAGUGUCACCACGCACGAGGACGAUGUCAGGAGUCGGGUGGUGGUCAAGGUGCGCAUGAAGAAGAAGGACAGAACCAAUCUGCUGCUAGUAACCGCCGGUAAUGGUGACCAUCCGAGUGCCCCUUCCGAGGAACUGAGCCCCACCUCCAGCGAUCUGCACAAGUUCGGUGAUCGUCCAUUGCUGCUGGAUGAUGAACUGGACUAUGGGGACUCGGGGGAGAGCAAGACCAGCACCGAAUCCCCAAUGGCGGCGGCGCCGGCUGUUCCCGAGUCCGAAGAGGAUGUGUUUGCCUUGGCGCCCUUUAAGUUGCCCGUGGGCAUACCUCUCAAGAGAAAGAGUAAACCCAAGGCGAAGGAGAAGCGCCAAGCGGAGCCUGAAAUGUGGACUUCCACGCCGGUUAAAGGUGGAGAAGGCACCUCUUCUGCCGCUGCUGCUGCUUCCUCGAACUUUGCCAGCUUUCCCGCAAAUGGGGCAUUGGGGGAAUCCCCGCAGCUAGAUGAGUUCAAUGAGCCCAUCUUUAAUCCGAAUCCCUUCCAGGAUAACUUGCAGAAGCAGGAGGUUCGAGAGAAUCCUGCCCCGCAAUGCGAUCUCUUCGGCUCGGAGCCCUUUCCCCAGGUAAUACGCACCAUUGAACAGAACCCCUUGAACCACCAGCAGCUCCAUCACUUUCCCAGUCACAACAAUAAUAACAAUGUGAUCAAAGUGCCCGCCUCUGCCUCUGUCUCCGUGCCUGUGCCUGUGUCUCUGCCCCUAGCCACACCCGUCUCCGUUUCUGUGGCUGCUCCCCAACUGGUGACCAUAAAUCACUCGAUUAUUAUCAACAAAACGCCGGAACCCUUGAUGAGCCAUCAUAGCAACAUUAAUAAUAACAAUAAUAAUAUUAUUAUUAACCCAGCGGCCACCAAGUCCACCAGCAGUGUCUAUGUGAAUGUGCCGUCUUACACCAGCACCAGCAGCUCCUGCUCCACCGCCGUUAACCAGCCACAAUCCUCACCAGCUGCAGCAAUACCCCUGCCCGUACCCGUGUCCGUGUCCGUGCCCGUGCCCGUGCCCGUUUCCGCUCCAACUCCAUCCGGAGCCCUCCACCUCCGACCUUUGCUGCCCAUUGCCGAUAAUGCCUAUGUGCAAAUCUCUCAAGAUCGCCUCUCCGACUUCACGCCCGACGAUGAGGAGGAGCCCGUGGUGGUGCGUGGUGCCGAUGUGCUGGCAGACGAUGGAGUACCUGCCACUGGCAAAACCAAGAAGGAGAAGUCCCAUCUGGCUGUAAGGGUGCUUCCGGGGAAGCUCACCCAGAAGGUCAAGGGUCACUCGUCCUACAAGAAAGUGAGUGCCGCCGCCUUGGGAUCCACUUCGUCGUUGAGUUCCGGGAGCAAGCAGAAGCACCAGCGUUUGCAGUAUCAGUCCCACGACGACGACGACGACGAUGACGAUGUGCAGGAUCAGGAUGAGAACAGGAAAGCUGGCGGAGGUCGCAAUUUCCAAUCCAAUACCAUACAAAAUUCCGCCAAAACUGGCUUCAGUAAUAUGAGUUUCGAAGACUUUACCUCCGACCAGGAGAUGGAUCGUCUCUCCCGGACGAUUCCCUUCGAAGUGGUGAGGAACGAGAAGAUGCUGCUGGAGGCAGAGAAGAAAUUCGGAUCCCUCAAGAGGAGAAAUAAUCUGUUCUCGUAGGCGAAAGCUGGAAAAGGGAAACUAUCAAGGAGAUACCUGAGACUGAGUGUUUCAAGACUACUAUUUGGCAUUUCGUUUAAGCUUUUCUCCUACGUUCCGUUUUUUCGUAUUGAAAUCUCUUCAAAAAGAGCUACCCACAAGAAUGCUACAUCUUAUAAACAAAAAAAAACUAAAUGGGACCUAAAAUAUUUUAUUAUCUGCUUUUGAGCAGAUUUUUUAAUGACUUCCCAAAUCCUAGCGUUUUCGGUGUGUAUUUUUGAGCCUAGUAUUUAUGAAUGAAGAAUGGUUAAUAACAUUAUUAAUUAUAUACACACCUAUUAUACAUUCAACAAAGAACAAUAUACAUAUACAUAUUAUAUACCUAUAUAUAUAUAUAACUGUUAUUUAGUGCAACAAAUAAUGUAAACUAGAUUUUUAGAAGGCGCGCGCGAAAAACAUGUUCUAGAAUUUAUACAAUGCGUAAGUUUACCAAAGUUACAUUUACAUUAUUGUUUUGUGGCAUUUUUCAGCUUUUGAAUUAUUCCCUCAAUUUAUUUAUUUAUAUUAUAUACAAUUAUACAACAACAACAAAAAAAAAAACUAAAUAUGUGAUUAUACACCCAAUAACAAGCAAACAAACCCCAAAAAAUACAAGCAACAAAUUAAUUAUCACUUAAAUUGCAUUCACUAACAAGAAAAGGUAUUUAAGCAUUAAUUACUAUCUAUCCAUAUCGAUUAACAUACUCUCGUCUAUGUUAGUUAAACCAUUUGUUUUUGCAUAUACAUGUAUGUAUUAUCUCGACUAUAUAAAAUAUGCGCAUAUUGUAUUUA